AUGAAGUUCGGUACACUGCCGUCAUUUCUCAUUGGUGGCUGCCUCGCCGCCGCUGUCAGUUCCAAACUUGUCAAUUCCGGACAAGUUGAGGACAGUGGUAGGGUCAUCCCAGAUCAUGUCCUCAGGGUGUCCAUCGCCAACGUGCCAUCGGCUUGCGAGACACGACAAGACGUGGUCGUCAACGGAACGUCGCCAGGGCCAGCGAUCCGUGUGCUCCCUGGCGCUCGAUCGUGGAUCAGGGUAUACAAUGACAUGGACAAUUGGAAUCUCAGCAUGCACUGGCAUGGCCUCUCCCAACGCAUGGCACCUUUCGCCGACGGGACUCCGAUGGCAUCACAAUGGCCUAUCCCUCCCGGGCACUUCUUCGACUACGAAAUAGCCACCGAGAUCGGCGAUGCAGGUACCUACUUCUACCAUUCUCACGUCGAUAUGCAGGCACUGAGCGGCUUCGGUCCGCUGAUUGUGGACGACUGCGGGCCACCACCACUGCACUACGACGAUGAGCGCAUCCUAAUGUUCUCGGAUCACUUCUUGGAGACAGAUGAUCAGCUGAUCGCGGACUUCCGCUCUCAAACUCCCGGGCCGCACGAAACACGAGGCAUUCUUCUGAACGGAAGAGGCAUUGCCCUGGGCGCCACUUCCGUUGAAGGCCCUGUUGGCGAAGCCGACGGCCACUUUGGAAGCCGCCGCUUCGACCAAUCCAGCACGUGCCAGGGCUGCCGCGACGACGAUUCCGACUCAGAGGAUGACUAUCCGUGGGUGAACGAUUAUCAGAUCAAGCCUCCAUCCGGCUGCACGCUCCCGGUCAUUGAUGUGGAGGCCGGCAAGACUUACCGGUUCCGCUUCAUCGGUGCGACUGGCCUGUCGUUCAUGACAAUGGGCUUCGAGGAUCACAACAACUUGACCGUUGUUCAGGUCGACGGGAGCGAAUACAAUGCCCCAGUCACGACUGACCAUAUUCAGCUCGGCGGAGGUCAGCGGUUUGACGUCAUCUUUCAGACAAAGACCGCCGAGGAGCUCCGCGAGGCUGGCAGGGUCACAUACUUCCUUCAGUUCGAGACGCGCGAUCGUCCCGACGUCUAUCGUAGUUACGCCGUGCUCCGAUAUGCCCUCGAAUAUCCCAUCCCACCGGCACCACUCAAUCCAAUCCUCGCCCUCCCGGCUGAUACUACCAACUGGUUGGAGUACACGUUGCGACCCCUUCACGCCGAAGAAAACGUUGCCCCUUCCGCCGAGGAAGUCACACGCCGCGUCAUCCUCGAGGCCGACCAAAAGGUUGAUCCCGUAACCGGCCGCCUAGUCUUCGAGCUGGCCCACAUGGCCUGGACCGACGACGUCCGUAACAAACCCGUGCUCGUUGACAUCUAUGAGCGGGGGCAAGCCGCCAUUCCCAACUACGAGGCCGCACUCAAAAACUACGGCUGGGACCCGGCGACCAGGCUCUUCCCCGCCAAAAAGGACGAGGUUCUCGAGAUUGUCUUCCAGAACACGGGCUCGCAGUACCCGGGGGCGCUCGGCAUCGUCGAGUCGCACCCCUUCCACGCGCACGGGCCGCACAUUUACGAUAUUGGCAGCGGGCCAGGCAAGUAUGACCCCGAGGCGAACAAUGCAAAGCUUGCUGCGCUGAAGUACAGGCCUGUCAAGAGGGACACGACCAUGCUAUACAGAUAUGGCAACGGCACAGCGGCCCCGGGCGUGCCGGCCGGUUGGAGGGCGUGGCGGACACGAAUGUCCCAGCCUGGCGUGUGGAUGAUACACUGCCAUAUCCUGCAACACAUGAUCAUGGGCAUGCAAACCGUCUGGGUCGUUGGCGACGCGGCCCAGGUCAUGACAGUUCCGGUAACCGUGAGCAAAAAUUACCUCAGCUACGGCGGCGAUGUGUACGGGAACGACACUCACACGCCUCCCUUCUUUUACUAUUUCGAUGCAGACGACAAGUGUCUCGCUGCCAAGUCAUUCGGCAAGACGACGUGACCGAGAAGUGAAGGAGAGGAUUGGGAUUUUUCAGCGUUGUUUACUUAUUUAUCUAGAUUUUACAGCGUAGUAUUUUAGGAUGGCGGGCAACUCGAGAACCGGUUACCUUUCCCUUGUGCAGUUGGUCGUCGUGAGCGUGUGGUUCUGACCCUUGAGAACUGACAACAUCCAUGUGUUGGACUGAGCUUGCCAGCCGAUGAAACUGGCCGUGGGUGCUACUGCAGAGUUGAAUUGACUUUGGGGUUCCGAGGUUGCCGCAGAUAUGGGAAAUCGAUAAAUCCUCCGCCAAGCAUUGUCCACAAGUCGGCGCGCUCGGGAAUCGGAGUCAGUGAUGUUUGAAGAUGCCAAUGUUGUUCGAUGGUAAAAAAGCAGAAACAAAUCCGUCGCAG